AUGCUUCACAGUCUUCCUAAACCCUCCCUUAAACCCUUGACCACCAAAAUCACCAAAGCCUUCUUCUCCACCACACCAACACCAACACUUCUUCUCAAACAAUGCAAGUCCUUACUCCAAGUCAAGCUCCUCCACCAGCACAUCCUCGUCUGCGGCGGCGUCUCCCACUCUCUGACCCACCUCAUCGCCGCCUACUUAUCCUUCAACGCUCCCUCACACGCCUUGUCCCUCCUCGAACGCCUCGCCACGCCGCGCCCCGCCGCCGUUUACUGGUGGAACGUCCUCAUCCGUAGCGCCGUGCGUUCCGGGUUUCUUGAACACGUGCUCUCUCUCUAUUCUAGAAUGCAGAGACUUGGCUGGAAGCCGGAUCAUUACACUUACCCUUUUGUUUUCAAAGCCUGCGGCGAGCUGGGCUCGCUCCGGCGAGGCGAGGCGGCUCACGGGGCGGUGUGUGUUGGUGGGUUUGAGUCGAAUGUGUUUGUUUGCAAUGCGAUGGUGGCAAUGUAUGGGAGAUGUGGGGGUUUGGGAGAUGCACGGAAGGUGUUUGAUGAAAUGCUUGAGAGAGGGGUAGAGGAUAUUGUGUCGUGGAAUUCGAUUAUGGCGGUUUAUGCGCAGAGUGGGGAUUCGGGGAAUGCGGUUGAGGUUUUUGGUUUGAUGGUGGGUGGGUUUGGUGUGAACCCGGAUGCAGUUAGCUUGGUUAAUGUACUUCCUUUGUGCGCGUCGCUUGGGGAAGUGAAGUGGGGGAUGCAGAUUCAUGGUUAUGGUGUUAAGAGCGGGUUGGUGGAGGAUGUGUUUGUGGGGAAUUCGGUUAUUGAUAUGUAUGCAAAGUGUGGGAUGAUGGAUGAGGCGAACAAUGUGUUUGAUAGGAUGAGGAUUAAGGAUGUGGUUUCGUGGAAUGCUAUGGUUACGGGGUAUUCUCAGAUUGGUAGGUUUGAGAAUGCUAUUGGUUUGUUUGAAAAGAUGAGGGAGGAGAAGAUUGAGUUGAAUGUUGUCACUUGGAGUGCUGUGAUUGCAGGGUAUGCGCAGAGGGGACAUGGUUAUCAAGCAGUGGAUGUGUUUCGGGAAAUGAUGGCUUGUGGGUCUGAGCCGAAUGUUGUCACCCUUGUGUCUCUUCUUUCAGGUUGUGCCUCUGCAGGAGCGCUAAAUCUUGGUAGAGAAACUCACGGUUAUGCAAUUAAAUGGAUGCUGGAGUUGGAAGGAAAUGACCCUGGAAAUGAUAUGAUGGUAAUUAAUGGUUUGAUUGACAUGUAUACUAAAUGCAAGAGUGUCAAACUUGCUAGAACGAUUUUUGAUUCUCUUUCACCAGAUACAAAAAGUGUGGUGACUUGGACAGUGAUGAUCGGUGGGUAUGCCCAGCACGGUGAAGCAAAUGAGGCACUUGAACUUUUCUACCAGAUGCUAAGACAGGAUUUCAACUUAAAGCCAAAUGGUUUUACUAUAUGUUGUGCCCUGAUGUCCUGUGCUCGUCUUGGCGCACUGAGGUCUGGUAAAGAAAUUCAUGCUUAUAUACUACGCAAUCAAUAUGAUUCUAUGAAGUUGUAUGUGGCCAAUUGCCUUAUUGAUAUGUAUUCUAAAUCCGGAGACGUUGAUGCUGCUAGAGUUGUGUUUGAUAACCUGGAGCAUCGGAAUGAAGUUUCUUGGACUUCACUAAUGACUGGUUAUGGAAUGCAUGGUCGUGGUGAAGAAGCUCUACAAAUUUUUGAUGAGAUGCAGAGACUGGGCCUGGUGCCUGAUGCUGUAACAUAUCUUGUUGUUCUCUAUGCUUGCAGCCAUUCUGGAAUGAUUGACGAGGGAAUGAGAUACUUCAAUGGCAUGAGCAAGAACUCUGGGGUUGUACCUGGGCCAGAGCAUUAUGCUUGCAUGGCUGACCUCUUAGGUCGUGCUGGUCGCUUGGAUGAUGCUAUGAACCUGAUCAAAAGCAUGCCUAUGGAACCGACCACAAUUGUAUGGGUGGCCUUGCUCAGUGCUUGCAGGAUCCAUGGCAAUAUUGAGCUUGGGGAAUAUGCUGCAGAUCGGUUAGCAGCGUUAGACUCAGAAAAUGAUGGUUCGUAUACAUUACUCUCAAACAUAUACGCCAAUGCCAAGCGUUGGAAAGAUGUUUCCAGGAUUAGAUUGUUAAUGAAACAUGCGGGAAUCCAGAAGAGGCCGGGUUGCAGUUGGGUGCAAGGAAAGAAAGGCACAACAACCUUCUUUGUGGGUGAUAGGACUCAUCCACAGUCUGAAAAAAUAUAUCAGAUCCUUGUAGAUUUGAUACAGCGCAUCAAAGGCAUGGGGUAUGUCCCUGAGACAAGCUUUGCACUUCAUGAUGUUGAUGAUGAGGAGAAAGGAGAUCUUCUUUCUGAACACAGUGAGAAGUUAGCUCUCGCAUAUGCAAUCUUAACUACCCCACCAGGCACCCCUAUCCGGAUCACCAAGAACUUGCGUGUUUGUGGUGAUUGCCACACUGCGAUGAAGUACAUAUCCAUGAUUAUUGAGCAUGAAAUCAUAUUGAGAGAUUCAAGUCGCUUCCAUCAUUUCAAGAAAGGAUCCUGCUCAUGCCGAGGCUAUUGGUGAUAGAAACUAUGCUAGUUGUGUGCUGAUCUUCCCUUUG